GGCUGUUAUUUCUUCUCAAUAAUGUCAGCUGAUGAAAAAUUGUCCGAGUACUUUGUCUUUCGCCAGACGACAAAAGCUCUGGUCUCCAUCAUCGGCCUGUGGCCCCUGAAAAAUCCUUCUUUAUUCUACCGUCUUCUACCCUAUGCCUGCAUUUUCGUAUGUUCAGUGACAAGUUUUGCAAUACUAGGGUUUGUUUUCCGUCACAUAACACACAUUUCUAUUGUCGUGAGAGGCAUGAGCAUCGGUACAAGUAUCAUGUCAGGAGUCAUAAAAAUAAGUUGUGUAUUACUCUACCGUGAGAGAGCUGCAGAACUUCAUUACUGUCUUGAUGAGCGUUUUUCUGAAUGUCUGCGAGUUAAACAAUUGUCUAAACUCAUUUUGAUUGAUAUUACCAAAGUUCGACGAUUGUGCUGGAUCCUGAUAUCGAAUGUCUCCAUUGCAGUGGUGAUUUACAUACUAUCACCUAUCAUAAAUAUUGUUAAUCAGAAACGUCAGAACAAUGGACCAGUACACUAUCCUCUCAUUUAUCCUGGAGUGUAUCCUUGGGACGUCAGUCACGGUAUAAUCUAUCAAAUUCACUACAUCAUCGAGACAUUAGCUUCGGUGACUAUAUUUUGUAUCAUUGCUGGACUGGAUGCCCUCUUCGCUUGUUAUAUAUUUCAAGUGAAUGGAAGACUCCGGGUGAUGUCAUAUCGUCUAACUCAUUUUGAUGAGAAUGAAGACAUGGAAGUUGUCAUAAAAGAAUGUGUGGAUGAGUAUGAAGUAUUGUUGCGGUGUAGAGAUUCAAUGCAGAAGAUCUUCGGACCCAUGAUAUUGUGGAUGAUGGGGACAAAUGCUGUCAUUCUAUGUGCAUUGAUAUUCCAACUGUCACAGGAUAUGAGAAACAUAUCCAUUUUUCACUGGAUCCGGAUCCUUUCGUAUCUUCUUCUUAAAGUGCUGCAAACCUUCCUCUACAGCUGGUCUGGAUCAACUUUGAUUACUCAGAGCCAGAAAUAUCGACAAGCUAUCUACGAUGCUGACUGGCAGUCAAAAAGAAAUAUCGGGUCGUCGAUAGUCAUCAUGCUUUGUCAGAGACCUCUGAAUCUAUUAGCUUGCAAAAUCUUCAUCCUUUCCCUUGACAUCUUCGUUAUGAUUCUCAAUACAACAGCUUCAUACUAUUUUCUACUUAGAACUUUGGAUUUAGACUCGACUACACCCCACAGGGAGCUCUGGUGUUUGACUAUAAAAGUCGGCACAGAUUUAACUAAAAAAAAUACCCCACGUACUUGGCUAUCUGUAGACCGAAAAUCCCUGAAAACUGUGAAAUGCUCCAGCGGUGUAGAACUACCCGUUAACCCAGUGGAUUUUUUUCCCCACAAGUGGGAAGACAAGGCGGUUCCAUAUUCUAUGGGCUCUCAAGCGUUAAGAGGGCGUAUUCCACACCACUUCCACUGGGAAGCUUCUCGCAAUAAGGACCGAACCACUAAACUUCGAAAUGAAACUCGAGCCCUCCUGGUGACGUAUCUAUAUGAACGUCAAGGAGAUCUGAGAACCCACGGGGUUUUGCCUCAGAGAUAUUGGCUCCGAAUUUCACUCAAUACCGAUAUUGAGAGGCGGCUAAAAACGAAAGAGGAAAAUUCGAAAAUUUGUCAAAUAUGUUUGCAGUGGAUUCCCAGGAUGUGGGGAUAUAACAACGUUGUCAUUCCACCAGAAUUUGGAGAAAUAACACUCGUUAUAGAUGUUCGAGGGCCAGUGGAUACGUCUGGUAAUAUAUUUCGACAAAUGCCCCAUGGAGUUUUUGAUACCAUUUCCAUCAAUGCUUCGAAAAUUAGCUGCAGCGCAAGAAUUUCUGGUCAUCCACCGAAGAAAAUUCAUUUCUUCCGUGUAACUCGAAAGCUCCCCAUGAGCGUCCAUAAUACCUACGUCUUCAAAAACGCGUCCUUAGAGUGCAAUUUAUUUACAACCAUGGGAGACAAUGGAAAAGUGUCUGUAUACUCAACAUAUCGUCAAACGACUAAAGUCCUGCUUCAUAUUAUGGGUUUGUGGCCUUUGGCAGAGUCCGGCCGAUUUUACCGCUGCCUGCCCUUCCUAUAUAUUUUCGCUGUUUCGGUGACAAUUCUUGCGAUUCUGAGCUACGCACUUCAUCACAUAACGUAUGUGCCCCUGGUGGUUAAGGCAAUGGGUAUUGGAACCAGUCUUAUCACUGUGUUAUUCAAAAUAUGUACUAUGGUCAUUCAUCGUCAUCGUGUGAGAGAACUUCAUCAGAUACUCGAAGACUAUUUCAUUUCUGCUAUGGAAAAUAAACGGGUGACUAAUCUUUUAUUGGAUGGCAUUGACACUGUUCGGGGAUUCUGUUGGACACUGAUUCCCACUGUCUUCAUCAUGAUGGUCAUUUACACAGCAACUCCAAUAUGGAACAUCAUAAUCCAGAAACGCCAUCACAUCGAGCCUGUGACAUAUUCCCUGACCUAUCCCGGAAUAUAUCCUUGGAAUAUUUCGAACGGAACGAUAUAUCGAAUUCACUAUACUAUUGAAACAUUUGCCUCGAUCACCUCAUUCAGUGCUUCGUGUGGAAUCGAUGCACUUUUCGCUUAUUACGUGUUCCUUAUGAUCGGACAACUGCGGAUGAUGGGAUACAAGUUGACGCGGCUUGAUGAGCGAAAGAAUAUUGAAAUUGUUGUAAAAGAAUGCGUACGAGAAUAUGAAGUACUACUGAGGUGCCGAAAUUCGGUAGAAGAUGUCUUUGGGCCCAUCAUAUUGUGGAUGAUUGGAUCAACUGCUGUAGUCCAAUGCGCCUUAAUAUUCCAAUUAUUUCAGGUGAAAAUUCUUAUUCUUGUUUUUUAUUACGUCUCAAUUCUUCUCCAGAUCCCAAUGCCAUCAGUUGGGUCGAAGAAUCGACAUUCAAUAAUUUUUCAGAACGCGAGAAACAUAACGAUAGCACGAUGGAUCUUAAUCGUUUCCCAUUUAAUCCCGAAAGUCACACAGACCUACAUCUACAGCUGGUCCGGAUCAUGUUUGAUCGCUGAGAGCGACGCAUACCGUGCAGCGAUAUAUCAAGUCGAUUGGUUUUCAAAUAAAAGUGUAAUGACAUCUGUCAUCAUUAUGCUCAGUCAAAAACCGCUCAAACUACAAGCUUGCAAGUUCUUCACCGUAUCUGUUGAAAUGUUUGUAAUGCCAUGGCAGAUAAUGCAAAACUGUCUACAUAUUCAACCUAUCGUGAUACAACAAAAAUCUUGCUUCGUAUUGUGGGUCUGUGGCCUUCGGGACAAUCCGGUCUAUUCUACAGUUGCCUACCUUUCCUCUAUAUUUUUGCAGUUUCCGUCACAAUUUUUGCGACUCUCAACUACGUAUUUCAUCACAUAACACAUGUGCCUCUUGUGGUCAAAGGAAUGGGUAUUGGAACAAGUCUUAUCACGGUAUUGCUCAAGAUAUGUACUAUGCUCAUUCAUCGUGAUCAGGCGAGGGAACUUCAUCAGAUACUGGAAGAAUAUUUCAUGACAGCUAUAGAAAACAAACGGGUCACUAAUCUCUUAUUGACUGGCAUUAGUACUGUCCGGGGAUUGUGUUG